CCGGGCGCCUGGACCGGAGCGAAGGCGUGGGGCAGGGAUGGAGCCGCUGCCAUGACAACGGCGGGCCAAGCCGCGGAGAUGCGGCCGGGACCGAGGAGAUGCUGAAGCGGCGGGCGGCGGCGGCGGGCGCUCACUUCGGCUCCGGCCACGGGCCUGCCAGCCCCAGCCGGGGAAGGCGGGGCCCAGCCUCCGCCGGGAGCGAAGUUGCGGGGCGGCCGGAGCCCCGGAGCCCCGGGACGGCCUCCCUCGCCCCCCGGCAGCUGCCCGCGUCUUCCGCCGGAUCCCCCGGCGACCGUGCCCCACCUGCGGGAGGCCAGCCCCGCUCCGAAACUUAACGAACAAAGAAAGAGUUGCGAGCCGUGCCCCCUCGCAGGCGGAAGCAUCGCAACCCAACUCCAGGGGAGCGGGAUUCCCCUCGUCCCCCUCCCCGCGCUCGUCCCACCCACUUGGGGGCCGAGGGGCCCGUUCCCUCCCCAAGUGCCAGGCUAAGAACUCUCCCCUGGAAAAGCCAGCCCGGGCAGCCCGCUCACGCUUCAAUCGACACCUUCCUUCCCUCCUCCUGCCCUGCCACUCGGGCUUCUCCUCGCCGGAGGGACCCUCGGGAAGCCCCCGGCCGGUGGAUGCUCCUGGGGGAUUCGGCUGGCCGUCGAGCAGCAAGCUGAGGCUGGAUUCCGGGGAGAAGCUGUAGAGUCCGAGGAGCCUGGGCUCGCCUCCGCCGUCCCCUUGCCACCCCUCGUCCUCCUCCCUCACCCCACCUGCCCCCUUCCCGUGCCCGGCCCGGAGCAGCGCCGGCCGACGAGGAUGGGGGUCGGAGGAUGCUUGGUCCUGCCCUGGAGGGGCCUCGUGGUCCUGUCUCUCAGGCUGCUCUUCCUUGUACCCGCAGGAGUGCCCGUGCGCAGCGGAGAUGCCACCUUCCCCAAAGCCAUGGACAACGUGACCGUGAGACAGGGGGAGAGUGCCACCCUCAGGUGCACCGUGGACAACCGGGUGACGCGGGUGGCCUGGCUGAACCGCAGCACAAUUCUAUACGCCGGGAAUGACAAGUGGUGCCUGGAUCCCCGGGUGGUCCUGCUGACCAACACUCAAACCCAAUACAGCAUCGAGAUCCAGAACGUGGACGUCUACGAUGAGGGUCCAUACACCUGCUCUGUGCAGACAGACAACCACCCCAAAACGUCACGCGUCCACCUCAUUGUGCAAGUACCUCCGAAAAUUACGGAGAUCUCCUCAGAUGUCUCCAUCAACGAAGGCAGCAAUAUCAGCCUCACCUGCAUAGCUACAGGACGACCUGAGCCUGCAGUAACCUGGCGACACAUCUCACCCAAAGCUGUCGGCUUCGUCAGUGAAGAUGAGUACUUGGAGAUCACGGGCAUUACACGAGAGCAGGCUGGAGACUACGAAUGCAGCGCCUCAAAUGAUGUGGCAGCCCCCGUGGUCCGGAGGGUCAAGGUCACCGUCAACUAUCCACCGUUCAUUUCUGAUGCUAAGGGCACGGGGGUCCCCGUGGGACAGAAAGGAACACUACAGUGUGGAGCCUCUGCAGUUCCUGCCGCUCAGUUCCAGUGGUUCAAGGAUGACAAAAGGCUGAUUGAAGAUCAGAAGGGGAUGAAAGUUGAAAACAGACCCUUCUUUUCUACCCUCACCUUCUUCAAUGUCUCUGAACACGACUAUGGGAACUACACCUGCGUAGCCUCCAACAAGCUUGGCCACACCAAUGCCAGCAUCAUGCUGUUCGAAGAGAAAACUACAGCAAUGACACCUUGGAAAGGCCCCGGCGCAGUCAGCGAAGUAAACAACGGGACGUCGAGGAGAGCUGGCUGCAUCUGGCUGCUACCCCUGCUGGUCCUGCAGCUGCUGCUCAAGUUUUGACGUGCUGCCUCCUCUCCGCGGGAUCAGUCUCCGCCUCUACAGCAACCGACACGGCAACGACAAACAAAAGCAGAAAAUUCCAAUAGGAAAUUCCAAGCAAUGAAAGAGAAGACCUAGCCUAGCACACCUAAAAUUCCAGGAAACAAUAAAAAAAAAUGAAGGGAAUUUGGAAAAGGGGGGAGAAAAAUGGAAAUUGCUUCUCCACUGUCUCAGUACAACUGAGUCUUUUCCUUUUUUUUUUUUGUUCCCCGAGACGGACUAGCACAACUGUUUGGGGCCACCCACCGCACUGCGUUGUGCCGCCUUGUUUUGUCGCGGACGGGCAGGUGGGGGGACCAGCCAUGGCCCCUUUUGAUCCAUCACUUCUGGCGGACGCACUCCAAGGCUGCCAUCCCAACUCUACCUGUCGAUCCAGAUGCGCAGACCUGGAAAUGCCCUGCCCCCCACCCCCCCCCUCCACCAAACCAGACGCUCUCUUCACAGACUGGGCUGCCAUUUUGUGUGAUUUAAAAAGGAAAAACAAGGAAAAACAAAAACCACCACAAAAAAAUGACAAUACAAAAGCCACCGCAAACCCGACAGAAAAAUCUAGCGUUCAGCAUUCUUCAUUUUACUACAUGGACGUUAUGGAUAAUAAGGGAUUCUGAUUCAUUAUUAAUUUUAUUAAUUAUAUUUUCUGAUAUGAGUCUAGAACCAUUAGCUCACAAACAAAAGGAGGUGAAGGAGAAUUAUGUGUAUUAAGUGUUAAAAAUGAAUAGUGUUCUUCUCGACUAGUUUACACAAAGGUGGAGCCUAACAACCAGGAGCCAGUGAAGAUUCCACCAAACGGUGAUUUAACCAACAUCUCUACCAGCGCUAGAAAUUCCUCAUCCUUUCUCCGGCGCUUAACGCAGGUGAUACUAUGUUAUCCACAUACUGUUUUGAAACGAAAAGGGUGAUCUUCACUGUAACGUUAAAUUCAUCGGUUAUGCUUCUUUUUACGAUUAUAUAUAUAUACAGUUUAUAUAUAUACAUAUAUACAUAUAUUAUUUUUGGUUAGAAUUCUACCAUUUUAUUUCUCCACAGGGUCCUAUCUCAGACAUUACUGCAUGCUGUAUAUGGAGUUAGCUGUGUAUUGGUCUUCUAAGAGAUGAUAGAGUUUACUGGUAAUUUGUGUACUCA